AUGAGCGCUCUAGGGUCUCAUUUGAGUAGCGGGCCGAAGGAAUCAACGCAAGAAGAUAACUCACUUUUUAAAGUUGAAAUAUACGGAUGCGUUUCCGAGUUUGAGGAGAUUUUAUCCGAGUUGGCUACAUCGGUAGAUAGGUUUAAACCUGAUCUUUCCAAAGCGCAAGAAUUAGUGGAAGCUGAUCAAAAACUAUCACAAGCUGUGAGUAAAUUUUCGACGUACGACGAAAUUGCUUCGAAGCUGAAAGACUUGGACAAACAAAGAGCCGAGACGGAACAACAGACGACUCAAAUCUUAGAAGUCCUAAUUGCAUGCCACGAUGAGCUCAAUUCGAUUCCCAUGAUAGAGCAAGUGGAAUUUGAACGAAAUACUAUGCUCAAUGAAAGACAAAAAGUGCAUUCCAAUGUUUUGUUGGACUACGCUAUGAAAUUAGCGAAAUUUACUCAUGUUCCUCCGACUUUUGACAAGACUGCUGUGGGUCCAAACAAUUUUAUUUGGCCCGCGGAAGAUGCAAUGCGAAGAGGUAUGCUCGCUAUGGCAUCCAUAAUGGCAUCUGCGGAGCCUAGAGUAAUGGGUAGUGGUGCAGAGGAAACCGUUGACGACGACACGGACCUCAAAGGCCCAGAACCAGUACAUCCUAGAGGGACCUCGUUUGAAUUCAAUGGACAACACAAUGGUGGGGAAAAUAGUAAGAAUGCAGAAGAAAGCGGAAUGGACUUAGAUUUAGACCUAUUUAAUCCCGAUGAGUUUUAA